ACGUUUCGAAGACCUCUCGCUGCAAAAGCCGAUCGCGCCUGUAGUGGCUGCUCUGGUGCUCUAUUUCAUACGCGAUAGAUAUAACCCCGUGAUAGCCCACGUCAUACUUACUGGUCUGGUCUCAUCACCGCAGUAAAAAGUACUAGAGCAUACAAAUGAGCAUAAGGCAGUAAAAAAAAAGAAUACGCAGAUAAUAUUUCGGAACGCACGCCAACUGUCAGACAGAAAAUGACAGAAGACAGACGGACAUUGACUGACAGACAGAAGUCACUCGAAUACACAAGCGAUUAUUUGAUUUAUUUAUAUUUACAAUUACACCAAAACAAAUUAGCUACUUACAUUAUCGAAUUUGUAUCACUUCUGAUCUCUACUAUUAAGGAUAUUUUUUCGCUGGUUAAGAUUUACACUGUGAUGCUUGUGAUGUGUAACUAAAUACUAUUAUUCCGCACUUAAAUACAUACAUCUAUAGAACUUACGAGAGUGGAUCGGGGCCGACGAGGGUGGCGCUACCGCCGGCAAGCACGGCGUCCACGAUGUGGGACUCGUCGGCUUUCCUGGGCGCCUUGACGCCUAAGUUCUACGUUGCCCUGACGGGCACGUCGUCGCUGAUCUCUGGGCUGAUCCUGAUCUUCGAGUGGUGGUACUUCCGCAAAUAUGGCACGUCGUUCAUCGAGCAGGUGUCGCUGACGCACCUGGGCCCGUGGCUGGGCGGCGGCGGCGGCGGCGACGCGGACGCGGCCGACUGCAAGGUGUGGCGCAACCCGCUGUCGCUGCUGCGCGGGGCGGAGUACGGGCGCCUGUGGUCGGCGGCCCGCCGCGCGCCGCUCACCUACUACGACAUGAACCUGUCGGCGCAGGAGCACCAGGCCUGGUUCGGCUGUGGCGCUGAGGGCCCGGCCGAGGAGGCCAUGGCGCGCGCGUGGCGCGAGCGCGAGCCCGGCGCCCGCGUCGCCGCCGCCCGCGCCGCGCUCGCGCUGCGGGCCGACUGCGCCGCCGCGCUGCUGCUGCUGGCCGAGGAGGACGCGCCCACCGUGCACGAGGCGGAGCGCGUGCUGCGCCGCGCCUGGCGCGCCGCCGAGCCGCGCAGCGUCGGCCGCGCGGCGCGCCGCAGGACGCGGCGCGACGCGGCCGUGCUGGCGCACGUCAAGCGCCGCGCGGCGAUGUGUGCGCGGCGCCUGGGCCGGCUCCGCGACGCCGCGCGGCUGUUCCGCGAGCUCGCGCGCGACGCGCCGCCCGCGCUGCACGCGCUGGCGCUGCACGAGAACCUCAUCGAGGUGCUGCUCGAGCAGAAGGCCUACGCCGACGUGCAGGCGGUGCUGGCGCGCUACGACGACGUGGGGCUGCCGCGCUCCGCGUGCGUGUGCUACACCGCCGCGCUGCUGCGCGCCCGCGCCGCCGCCGCCGCGCCGCGCGCGCACGAGCUCGCCGCGCUCGACGCCGCGCGCCGCGCCAUCGAGUUCAACCCGCACGUGCCCGAGUACCUGCUGGAGCUGCGCCCGCUCACGCUGCCGCCCGAGCACGUGCUGCGGCGCGGCGACAGCGAGGCGCUGGCCUACGCCUUCUUCCACCUGCGGCACUGGCGCGCCUGCCCCGACGCGCUGCGCGUGCUGGCGGCGGCGUGGGCGGGCGCGUCGCGGCGCGGCGCCGCGCCCGCCUGCGCCGACCGCGAGCUGCUGCCGGCGCACCACGCGCUGUCGGUGUUCCCGCGGCGGCGCGCGGCGCUGCUGCCGCUGGCGGCGGCGCUGUGCGCGCUGACGGCGCUGCUGGCGCUGCUGGCGCACCGCUGGCCGGCGCAGGCGCACGCGCUGGCCCGCGCCGCCGCCGCCGGCCUCGACCCGCGCCGCCUGCACGCGCUGCUCGCCGCCGUCUGACCGCCUACUGACCGCCCUCACACCGCACUCAUGCAAUAAACUAGUACUGCCCGACUCUGGCCUAUCCUUGUUAUCGACGAUCAAUAAACCCAUCAGUCUCACUGUUACUCGUAUAUACCUUUAUCUGUAUACCGUAAUUGUAGUUGUUAUUGCUCUAACUAAGGUAUAGCAGUGGAACAUGAACUAAUUGAAUAUUUAUCCUUACAGAAGGUAAAGCUAUUUCAGCUCUUAUCUUACUGCAAUAUUAUAUGUACCUACAAGCAAAUGAAGCGACCAAAACAUGCGUUCAUUGUGCAUGCAUUGCGCACUGAUGAUUGCCUAUCUAUCAUCCAUAACCCCGUUAAGCUUUGGUUUUUUCCUAGGAAAGCGGUGCCGUCAUAUAGCGGCCAUAAUACAGCGGUAAAAGACGUCACCAGAACGUUGUCUAUGUAAACAAAAUGGGGCGGUUUCCUAGAGAGCGGUAACCGACACCGUAACUUCAAAAAGCGGUGCCGCCAUUUGCAUGACGGCCGUCUUGACGGUGUCAGAUAGUUUGGUGAACGUUUUAUUGAAAGCGGUGAAGCUUUAUUAAUACGUAUUUGUGGUUUUUUUUUUCGGAACAACGUCAAAAUUUUGAUACAACUCUUGGAGCAGCGAGGACGACGAAAUUUUAAUAGAUUUGGUUCGUAACCACGAAGCAAUUCUAUAAUAUAAAAAGUAAAGAUUAUAGAAAAAGUCAACUAAAACAGAAUUGGUGUUGUGAAAUUUGAGAAAUAUUAAAUAAAACAGGUUAGUAAGUAUGAUACAACUAACAAAAAGUUCAUGACGGUGUGUUAAAACGGCCGUGGAACUUUCCACAUGUCAUCACCGUAAAGACGACCGUGUAUUUGCGUUCGUAAUAUGACGGCCGCUAUAUGACGGCACCGCUUUCCUAGGAAACCCAAGCUUUACCCGGGAAACUGGACUGGCAGUUUUCUGACUACCCGUAAUGAGUACGCAUACAUUCUGCUAAUGUUCAUAGGAAUGAACAAUGUUGUAUGAAGACGCAUAAGCGUCCGUUCAGCUCUCCACGUCAAAUCAACUUUCGCAAUGAGCAACUAUCUAUAUACGAGGAUAACUUUAGAUAGUAUUAUUCGAGUGCUUAAUUAAUGAAGAAAAAACAUACGCACACACAGCAUUUGUAAUACUGGGCGCACUGCGCAGCGGUCGUAGUCAUUACUAUAUCUACGGUAGGCACAUACUUAUGGAGGUACAAUGUAGGUAGGUACUCGAUUGUAGUAAAAACUUCAUAAGUAGGUACUACUUCAUAAUACGAAUAAAAAUAUUAUAGUGAGAUCUCAAUAAAUUUUCUUGCAUGCA